AUGGAAAAAUGGGACGAGUUGGGAAUGAAAGUGGCGUAUGAAGAGGCCGUUAAAGGUCUCGAGGAAGGUGGUGUUCCAAUUGGUGGGUGUUUAAUCGAUGAAGACGGUAAAAUUCUUGGCUCCGGACACAACAUGCGAUUCCAGAAAAAUAGUGCAACUUUGCAUGGGGAAAUCUCAACGUUGGAAAAUUGCGGCCGCUUGAAGGGUUCUGUUUACAAGCGUUGCACCCUUUAUACCACUCUUUCGCCUUGUGACAUGUGCACAGGUGCGAUCUUGUUGUAUGGCAUCGCUCGAUGCGUAAUAGGUGAAAAUGUCAAUUUCAAGGGCGAUGGUGAACGGUAUCUGGCAGAACGUGGCUGUAAAGUACGUGUCAUGGACGAUGUAAAAUGCAAAGCGAUCAUGAAGCAGUUCAUCGAGGAAAGACCUCAAGACUGGUUUGAAGACAUUGGCGAGUAA